CCCUCUCCUCAUCUCUCCUGUCUGUCUUCUGAUCGCAGCAGGACCCGUUCAGAACCACCCCUCUCACGGGUUUCUUGUCCACCUCCCAAUAGUGCUCCCCGGCUAUUUCUACCUUCACCAUGGACGGGGACGAGCUCAUCGCCUCGGUCUACCGCAAGAUCGAGCGGGAGAAGGCCCUCAUCGCCGCCGCUUCGAAUAUGCGACAGUCGACCGACAAUCCGCUCGUGCAGCAAAGAGUUGACGCCAACAUUCGCGAUGGGCAGAAGAAUAUUGCUUACCUCGAGGAGAAGAUGCGGGAAUUGCAGUUGCGCCAAGAAAGAGGCCAGGCGUCCCCGACCGAUCGACGCAUCCCCUCGGGUGAUGGGGCUCCUGUUCCACCGCAGAAGGACUACGGCAAUGAGUAUGGUGAAGGGGCCGGUCAAUAUCCGCAGGGAGGAUCAGGGUCCAUGCCGUCAGGUGCCCCAUACGCAGACCCUCGCCCUUUCGCUCCCGUGCCCAAGGCUCGUCCCAAUUACACAAAGCUCGGUAGGCAUCUCACGUUCCCGGUCGCCUGGAUGGAAGCUAUUGAGACAUACAUCCCGGGUGCGACUUGAAGCGAGGCUGACUUGAUCAUCUUCAGACUUGAUCAAAUAUGACACUCAGUACCUGGGACCCAAGAUCCAGCUCAUGCUGUCCCAGCUGGAGUUCAAGCUGAGUGUAGAGAAGCAGUACAAAGCGGGUAUUGAGAAGAUGGUUCGCUUGUAUCAGGAUGAGGGAGAUCGCA